AUGGCUCCUAAGAAGCAAGUCGUUGAGGAGAAGAUCCCUCUGGGCAGGCCUGGAAACAACUUGAAGAGUGGUAUUGUCGGUUUGGCCAACGUCGGCAAAUCUACUCUCUUCCAGGCCAUUACCAAGUCUAACCUCGGUAACCCAGCUAACUUCCCCUAUGCCACCAUCGACCCUGAGGAAGCCCGCGUCGUCGUUCCCGAUGACCGGUUCGACUGGCUCGUCGAGAAGUACAAGCCCAAGUCCGUUGUUCCCGCCAACUUGACCGUCUACGAUAUCGCCGGUCUGACCCGCGGCUCAUCAACCGGUGCUGGUCUUGGAAACGCUUUCUUGUCGCACAUUCGCGCCGUCGAUGCCAUCUUCCAGGUUGUUCGUUGCUUCGAUGAUGCCGAGAUUAUCCACAUUGAGGGUGACGUGAACCCCACCCGUGAUCUUGACAUCAUCAGCGAGGAGCUGCGACUCAAGGAUAUUGAGUUCGUUGAGAAGGCCCUCGAGAACCAGAAGAAGAAGACCCGUAUGGGUGGCCAGUCUCUGGAGCAGAAGAAGGCCAAGCAAGAACAGGAAACCAUUGAGAAGAUCUUAGACUGGCUCAACCAGGGCAAGGAUGUCCGCAAGGGCACCUGGGGCCCCAAGGAGAAACUUAUGAGAACCCUCGCUGACAUUCUCAUCCAGAUUGAGGUCAUCAACCCUCUCUUCCUCCUGACUGCUAAGCCCGUCGUCUAUCUCGUCAACUUGUCCGAGAAGGACUUCAUCCGCAAGAAGAACAAGCAUCUUCCCAAGAUUGUCGAGUGGAUCAACGAGAACGCCAAGGGCGACCCUCUCAUCCCCGUCUCCGUCUCUUACGAGUCUCGUCUUACUCAGUUCGAGACCGAGGCUGAGGCCAAGGAGGAGCAGAAGAAUGUUGGUGCCGAAUCUGUUCUGCCCAAGGUCAUUCUUCAGAUGCGCAAGACCCUUCAGCUUGGCAGCUUCUUCACUGUCGGACCUGAUGAGGUUCGACAGUGGACCAUCCGAACUGGCACCAAGGCGCCUCAGGCUGCGGGUGUCAUCCACACCGAUUUCGAGAAGACCUUCAUCCAGGCUCUCGUCUUCAACUACAACACCCUAAAGGAGCUCGGUGACGAGUCCGAGGUCAAGUCCAAGGGCAAGAUCAUGACCAAGGGUAAGGAAUAUGUCGUCGAGGAUGGCGAUAUUCUGCACAUCAAGGCUGGUGCCGCCAAGAGCUAA